UGAUGAUCUGUGUAGCCCCAGCAGCGCCACCUGUCAGUGUCCAUCAGUGCCAGCUCUCAGUGCUCAUCCAUGCCACCUGCCAGUGCCCAUCAGUGCCACAUUUCAGUGCCACAUCAAUGCCACAUAUCAUUGCCCAUCUGAGCUGCCUUUCAGUGUCACCCAUCAGUGCCAGUCAAUGCCACCUAUCAAUGCCAUCAGUGCCACCUAUCAGUGCCAGUCAGUGCCGCCUAUCAGUGUGCAUCAGUGCCGCCUAUCAGUGCCCGUCAGUGCUGCCUAUCAGUGCCACCUAACAAUGCCAGUCAGUGCCACCUAACAGUGCCAGUCAGUCCACCUAUCAGUGCCAUAUAUUAGUGCUGCCUUUCAGUGCCCAUCAGUGAUGCCUGUCAAUGCCCAUCAGUGCCACCUACCAGUGCCUCCUCAUCAGU